AUGUGGAGAGAUGCCCAGAAAGACCUCGACAUCCAGCUCCGGAGAGAAAGAGAAGAGUUCCUCCAGCCAGAGAAGGACCGCGUGAAAGUAUUCAAGAUGCUAGCUGCUUCCUACAUCAAAUACAUGCAAAUCUUCCGUGACUUGGAGACGGCCCAUGACCAGCUCGUUCACCAGCAGAAACGGACAGCGAUUCGGCAAGUGCUAGAUGGUGUGAUUGGCCGGAUCCUGGAGAUUAAAAAAGAGAUGGUGGAGCUGGAGAAGUCAGAGUGUCAUUACAUUGAUAACAUCCUGGAAGAUCUAAAGCUUCUCCCAGAAGACAUAGAAGUACCUGUCCCAAGGUACUUCAUUAAAGAAAACCUGGAAGUCCUGCAGCAGAGGGAGAAAAUCCUUGAUCAGAUUUUGCUUAACACUGGAUUGCAAACACAGAAACCAGUCAAGGCCAUGACACUUGAAGAAGCUGUUAAAGUGAUCCAGGUUGCAGAACGGGCUCGCCAAGGCCGCUGUCGAGCAAAAUUCAUGAAGAAAAUUUACCUUGCAGAGAAGAAAGAAAGACAAACUAAACCUCAGGUCCAGAUGGGUCCAAAUCCAGAUGAUGCUGCCACUUGCAUUCAAAAGGUUUGGCGUGGAUAUAUCCAGCGCAAGAAAACAGAGAAAAUGAGAGAAGAGGAAAUGAUAUUUCUGGGGAUAAGUCUACCUCCUCACUUAAAGGCAACGAGUAUUUCGCAGAUGCAUGCUGGGCAAAUAAAUCCUGUGCAAGGCGAGGUCCAGGAGAGACACAAGGAGGUAUUCAUCAAGGACAAGCUGAGAGAAACCGAGGGGCUCCACAUCAAGGAAACCCUCCAGGAUCAGAUUGGCCAGUGUCUCAUUGAGUGCCGGCAUAUCGUAGGCAAGUUUCCUGACUAUCCUACUGAAAAGGCAGGAGGUUCAAUGGCUAUCCUGUCUCAAAAAACUCCAGAGCAGGUCGCUGCAGAACUCGCUGCCAAGCAGGAGAUGGCUUUGCAGGAAAAAAAAGAAGAGGAGGGCUGGAAAAUGGCUCCCAGUAAUUUCCUUUCAAUAAUGGAGGAAGGAAACAGUCAAUACGAAGCCAUUUGGCAGAACAGAGACGAGGGAUGGGAUUUUCUCCAGGAUCAUGACCCGGAGCUGAUCAAAGAAGAGAAACGGAAAGAACUGGAGGAAGAGAUCAGAGUGCAGGUUGAUGAAUUGAUGCAACAGAAACUGGAGAAUCUCAAACUGGCUGUGGAUGGAGAGAAGAGUAACAAACAGAAAAAAGGAAAUAAAAAGAUGACCAAGAGGAAAAAGAUACCCGAGAUGGAGGAAGACCUAACUCCUGACAGGACCAUCGAUUCUCUGUACGAAGAACUAGUGGAAGAAGGAUUACUAAUAAAAGCCAGGACUGUGAAUCUCACCGACUAUGUUGGCGAGUACAGCUAUCUGGGGACCACACUUCGUCAGGCAGAUACAGAGCCAAUGCCCUCUCUUGCAGAUGUCAGACAGCUAAUAACACUGUAUGGAAUAUUGCCAUUAGGUUCCCAAACAGUCCAUGAGAAGGCUCCUGUGACGAAAGCCUUGUUACUAGCUGGACCUGCUGGUGUUGGAAAGAAAAUGCUGGUCCAUGCCAUCUGCACAGAAGCAGGAGCCAACCUCUUCAACUUAUCUGCUUCCAACAUCACUGGGAAAUAUCCAGGCAAGGAUGGCCUGCAAAUGAUGCUUCACAUGGUUCUCAAGGUGGCUAAGCAAUUGCAGCCUUCAGUUGUGUGGAUUGGAGACACAGAAAAAAUAUUUUCUAAAGCAGUGUCGAAAGCUGAUGAAGAGACGAGCCCAAGACGACUGGAAAAGGUCCUCCCCAAAUUCCUUAAGGCUUUGAAAGCACAGGACAGAGUGCUGCUAGUGGGAACCACCAAUCGUCCCUUCGAUGCUAAUCUUAAACUUUUCUGCAAAGUCUACCAAAAAAUUAUUCUGAUUCCUAGACCUGACUAUGCUUCGAGAUUUGUGCUGUGGAAACACACCAUCCUGCAGAACGGUGGAAUAAUCACCAACUUGCUGAACAUAAGCUGCCUAGCAAAGUUGUCUGAUGGUUUCACCCAGGGACAUAUCAUCAAGGCAGUGCAAGAUGUCCUGAGCGAGCUACGCCUCCUGCGGAUGACCAGGAAGCCGCUGAGGACCUCAGAGUUCAUGACUUCUCUGGCCCAACAUGACCCCGUGUACCAAGAGGAGGAAGAAACAUUUAAGGCUUGGUACGCCAAGACACCGCUCAGUAAAGCACGGAUCAGAACACUGGGAGACAGUGAGAAAGCAGAAAAAGGAAAAACA